AUGGCUGAGCCCGCCAAGGACGAGGUUGCUCCCGUCCAGCCAAAUGAGAAGACGGUGUCCAGUGGGGAGGCGUCCGACGCGGAACAGGGCCACAUUGAGAGAAUCAACUUGAACAACAAUGUCUCCGCCAAGAUCAAGAACCCUCUCGCCGACUUGACGCCCAACCAGGUGCUUCGGGAUGUGGAUCAGUUUGCGAACGAGCAUCAGCUCACCGACAUCCUCCCUCUUCUCCGGAAGGGUGCCCUCAUUGCUCGGGAUCCGGCCAAUUUCCAGACGGUCGAGGGCCUGACCGAGGACGAGGCCGAGGCCAUUCGCAAUGAGGUCCUGCACCGGUGGCGCCAGCCUUGGGCCUUGUACUUCACCAUCAUUCUGUGCUCCAUCGGCGCUGCCGUCCAGGGUUGGGACCAGACCGGUUCCAACGGUGCGAACCUGUCCUUCCCGGAUGCGCUGGACAUCCCCCAGAAGGGUCCGCACGCGGCCAGGAACGAGUGGCUGAUCGGUGUUGUCAACGCGGCCCCGUACAUUGCCAGUGCCGUUCUGGGCUGCUGGUGCUCCGAUCCGCUCAACAACUAUCUCGGCCGCCGCGGUGCCAUUUUCAUCGCGGCCAUCUUCUGUACUCUUUCCCCAAUUGGCAGUGCUGUGUCCCAGACCUGGCAACAGCUCUUCGUCACUCGCUUGCUCCUGGGCCUGGGCAUGGGUAUGAAAGCGUCGACCAUCCCCAUCUUCUGCGCUGAAAACACCCCCGCUUCCAUUCGUGGCGGCCUGGUCAUGUCUUGGCAAAUGUGGACUGCGUUUGGUAUCUUCCUCGGUUUCUGCGCCAACCUGGCCGUGAAGGACACCGGAGCUCUCUCGUGGCGUCUGCAACUGGGUUCGGCCUUCAUUCCGGCCGUCCCGCUGCUGCUUGGCGUGUACCUCUGUCCCGAGUCCCCUCGUUGGUAUAUCAAGAAGGGCAAAAUCGCCAAGGCAUACCAAUCGCUCUGCCGUCUGCGCAACACGGAGCUCCAGGCGGCCCGGGAUCUCUACUAUAUCUACGCGCAGGUCAAAAUCGAGCAGGAGCUCGCCGGCGAGAGCAACUAUCUCACCCGUUUCAUUCAGCUGUUCACAAUUCCUCGAGUCCGCCGCGCCACGUUGGCAUCGUUCACCGUGAUGAUUGCCCAGCAGAUGUGCGGCAUCAACAUCGUCGCCUUCUAUUCCUCCACCGUCUUCGCCGACGCUGGCGCGAGCGUCACGGGCGCGCUUCUGGCUUCCUGGGGCUUCGGUCUGGUGAACUUCCUUUUUGCCUUCCCAGCCGUGUGGACGAUCGACACCUACGGCCGUCGCGCGCUGCUUCUGUUCACCUUCCCGCAGAUGGCGUGGACGCUGCUGGCAGCCGGCUUUUGCUUUUUCGUCAAGGGCGAAAAAGCUCAACUCGGCUCGGUGGCCUUCUUUGUUUUCCUGUUCGCCGCAUUUUACUCCCCCGGUGAAGGCCCCGUCCCGUACACUUACUCGGCCGAGGUUUUCCCCCUGUCGCAUCGUGAGGUUGGAAUGUCUUGGGCUGUGGCUACUUGCCUUGGCUGGGCGGCGGUGCUGUCGAUUACCUUCCCUCGUAUGCUCAGCGCCAUGACCGCGACCGGUGCUUUCGGCUUCUAUGCAGGUCUUAAUGUGACUGCACUGCUCAUGAUCUUCUUCUGGGUCCCUGAAACCAAGCAGCGCACCUUGGAGGAGCUGGAUUACAUCUUUGCCGUGCCAACCCGGACGCACAUGCGCUACCAGCUCACCAAGGCUCUUCCGUACUGGUUCAAGCGGUACGUUCUCCGUCAGAAGGUCACGUUGGAGCCUCUCUAUCACUUCGACCACGUCGCCACGGAUGAGACGUUUGGCAACGAGGUGCGCAAGCAGAGCGUGGUCUCUGCCACGGUGAAGAACUAG